GGUAAUCCUAGCUCAGUCAUGAUCAGGACAUUUCCUAAGGGCACUGAAAUUCUAGAAAAUGCUGGAUAUAGUCAAUGGGAAGCACAGGAGGUUUUUUUGUUUUGUUUGUGUGUGUGGGGUUUUUUUUUUUUUUUUUUUUGAGUAAGAGAAUUGUUGAGAAAUGUACAGAAAGCAUUCUCACAACUUCACUUUUUCCAAAUACCUUCUUUCAAAAACAUCGAUUUGUUAGGAAUGCUCCUGUAGUUGUAGCUGUCUGCUCUGGUGUGGGCAGGCUGAUGGAAGCCUGGGUCUCCCAACGAGGUCUGAGCUUUCUCUUCCUUUCUAAGAUGAGAAUUCGAAAGCAGUGGGGAAGUGCUGUUGGACCUAUCACAGCCUUGCUAACAGACAGCCUAUUACAGUAUUUAAUAAAAACAGAAACAGCAUGCCUAUCAUAAGCUAAUAAACCCUGCCUCCUGCACGCUUUAAAAACAGUAUGAAGCAGCUUCUACGGAGCUUCAGCUAACUAAUUUCAAGCAUGGCUGUCUAGCGCUCCUAUCACUCCUAUUGUCCUUCCAAACUCUUUCAGACAUUUUGAGCUGGAAGUAUUAAAGCGAUGAGUUAGGGGAGGUUGAGACAUUAAUGGUCCAAAAAGGCUUUAGGCGCGAGAAGGAAGGAUGAUCACUGCUGGCUCUUCGGAGGAGGACUGCACUGGUUUGCUGUGAUUAAAAAAUUAAGCGUGGCUUUUGAGGAAGAUGUGACAACUACUGGAGGUUUAGUCAUCAUUUGUCCAAGAUAUCUACCAACAGGAAAGAAGCCCCUGGACCAACAUCCUCUAAGAUGUUUAUAUGGACCAGUGGCCGGACCUCUUCAUCAUACAGACAUGAUGAGAAAAGAAAUAUUUACCAAAAAAUCAGGGACCAUGACCUCCUGGACAAAAGGAAAACUGUCACAGCACUGAAAGCUGGAGAGGACCGUGCCAUCCUCCUGGGCCUGGCUAUGAUGGUGUGCUCCAUCAUGAUGUACUUCCUGCUGGGAAUCACACUCCUGCGCUCCUACAUGCAAAGUGUGUGGACAGAGGAAUCUCAGUGCACCUUGCUGAAUGUGUCCAUCACAGAAACGUUUAACUGCUCCUUCAGCUGCGGGCCGGACUGCUGGAAACUCUCUCAGUACCCCUGCCUCCAGGUCUAUGUCAACCUGACCUCCUCUGGUGAAAAGUUCCUCCUCUACCACACAGAAGAGACAAUGAAACUCAAUCAGAAGUGCUCCUAUAUACCUAAGUGUGGAAAAAACUUUGAGGAGUCCAUGUCUCUAGUGAACGUUGUCAUGGAAAACUUCAGGAAGUACCAACACUUCUCCUGCUACUCUGACCCGGAAGGAAACCAGAAGAGUGUCAUCCUAACCAAACUCUACAGUUCCAAUGUGCUGUUCCAUUCACUCUUCUGGCCAACAUGUAUGAUGGCUGGGGGUGUGGCUAUUGUUGCCAUGGUGAAACUCACACAAUACCUCUCGCUGCUUUGUGAGAGGAUCCAAAGGAUCAAUAGAUAAAAGCAAACACGGAUGAAAUCAUUUUCUUUACUGCUCAAAUACUGUUUUCUUUCAUUCUUCACCAAAGAACCUUAAGUUUGUAAUGUGCAGUCUGUUAUGAGUUCCUUAAUAUAUUCUUAUAUGUAGAGCAAUAAUAUAAAAGCUGUUCUAUAUGCAAACAUGAUGUCUUUGUUGUUCAGGAGAAAAAAAUAAUUGUUUUGUGUUGGUUGGUUGUUUUCAUAGUUCUGUUUUCAUGCUGGAUCUAGCACUUCCUUCUCUUGUUCUGCCAAAAUAAGACUCAGUUAUUCAUUUGUCAAGUUUUGUGGAAGAGUAUAGACAAUGCCAGUGUGUAGGGUCUGUGUGCUCAGUUGUCAGAUCUCUUGAAAACAUUUCUGCAAUAUUUUUCACCACUCAUUGUUUACCAAAGCUGCAGCCAAAAAUAUUUUGUUCUUUUCUUACUCUAUACUGAGCCCUGUAGAAAGCAGAGAGACCAGAACUCCUAACCAAAGGAUACUACACAUCUUCUUUGUAAUUCUACCACAUCACAGUAAAAAAGGGGGAAGCCCAGACAGUCAUUUGUACUUUAUGAUAUUUUACUCAUACUUUUAGAUUUUUUAACUGAUUUCCAGGAAAUAUGUUGUUUUCCUUAACCAAUUCUGUGACCUCUUCCUAUGGUUGAACAGAGAGCCCUUUUUCCAUUUAAGACCCUACUACUGUGUGAAGAAAUAACAUGUUCAAGUAAUUUAACUUCCAGUGAAUUAAUUCAAUUAAUGUUAAAUAGAUGUUCCAUAACCAUCGAGGAAAGUUUGUUACUAAGAUAGUUCUGUGAAAAAUCCUUAUUACACUCUGUUGAACUAUAUUAGAUGGUAAAAACUAACAUCCUACUUAGUGUUCAACAAUGGUGGACUGAUUUCAAUUGGUAAAUCUCUUGUGGCAAAUUCAUAUGUUGGACUAUUACUCUUUGAGAAUUUAUAUUUAUGUGUGUGUGUGUAGUCUCUCUGUCUGAUAAGUGUUCCCUUUAGGGAUUUUAAAGGUAUAUUUGUCUCCUCUGUGUGUUUUAUUUUUCCAUUUACAAUUCCCUUUUUUGUUGCUAGAUUUUAUACACAGACUAGAUCUUUUUUUCUAUACACAGACUAGAUCUUUUUUUCCUACCACAUAUUUGAAGUGAAUAACAGAUUUAAAGAAGACUUUACUCACAUUGCCAUUCAUUCAUUUUGUUGGGGGGGCGGUGAUGAGGGACUGGUUUUAAACAGAAAACAUUCCAUCUCUUAUUUAGCAUAAAUAUCAAAAUGAGAAGACAAUCAUCAACCUCUCCCAUCAUGAUUUGAGUACCUUUUUUGUAAUGUAGUAUCAAAGUUUUAUAGUUAUUGCAAAAUUUUACAGAUCAUAUCUGUGGAAUGACUGGUGAAACUAAUCUGAUGAAGUGGAAAGUAUUCUGCAAUAUUGUAAUUCAUAGUUUGACUUUUCAUAAACAAAUAAACCCCAAGGGUGUAAUCAGGA